GUGCUAAAUGAAUGCCCUCUUAUAACAUGGAGCUAAUAUUAUAUAAUUUGUAAAUUUCAAUCAUGGUUGAUUUUCGUGUGUCUGUCGUUUUACCUGCUGCUGGAAUCGGUUCAAGAAUGGGUUGUGAUAUACCAAAACAGGUACGUAAGGUUACGUUAUCUUUCUCGUUAUUAAAUACAUGGUCUGUGAUGUUUAUUAUUCAUACACUACAUUUCAAUUUUAGAAGAUUGCUACAAAAUGAGGCUAAUUGUUUUACCAAUGUUUUGGGCAUGAUUAAAAAGUACUGUAACUGUCGAGUAAUCACUAAUCUAUUAACAUUAACACAAAGCGCCCUAUGCCCCCUCUCCCCUAUUUUUGCUGGGUUGUAUGUAGUAAACUCAUGGCCACAAUAAAUCCCCAUAGUAAAUUAGUAAACUUCACUACAGUAUGUCACAAUAGGUCAGAGCAUGCAGUGGCAUAGCCACAAGGUCCCCCCACUGUCCUUCAGAACCACCUUCGAGAUAUGUUUAAAUCUGUUGAGAAACUGGGGGGGUAACACUGAUCUGAUUUCAUGUCCAGCUAUCUAAUAACUGAAGACGAAGGCAUUCUUGACCGAAUUAUUAUGUUAUAAUCUUCUGAAUUUUGUAAAAUCUCACCCCGAAAUACACGAAAUGGCGUUUCAGAGGCUCUGAAUUUCCAAAUUUUCCAGAGGGAGCAUGUCCCUGGACCCCCUACAGUGUUCGCGCCUUUGGCGCUCAACUUGUCCCCCACUUUGUAAACCCUGGUUUUGCCACUGGGUUAGAGGUAUAUAUGACUAGAGUUAGGAACCCAUAAACAGUGUAAUAGCUAUGGACAUCACCCAAUCUAUGGUAACAUUAGUGCAAGGCCAGAGGUGCUAGGCUAUGUAGGGUUAGGAUUGCCAAUAGAAGCUGGCAGUGGAUGAUUUUCACCAUCUAGUGUACCCAAUCACCAGAUUAUAACCAGGAAAGGCUUCUUGCUUUUAUAAUGUAGUGUUAAGCCUUUAAGUGGCAAUGCACCCAGAUGCACCCUACUUUAUUAUUUUACUCUGUCUAACGCCAGACGAUUUUACUUGUCAGGGAGAGGGUGCUGCCACUCAAUGGGUUAAUGAAUGAAAAUUGAAAUCCCAAACACUUUUCUUACACACAACAAUAAUCCUUCUGUUAUAAAUUUACAUAUAACUACAGUAUGUAGUCUCAUAUUUUUUGUGUUGUUCAUUGUCACUUAGCACUGUUCAUUAAUUUGUCACUUAGUCACUGUACAUUGUCCUUAUCACUGUACAUUACAUUAUCCCCCUCCUUAAUGGAGAGUGUUGUCGAUCUCUACUGGUCGACACUGAGAGGUGUAUUGUGGUAAGGGUUGUGGUAAGAGUUGCACUUCUGUUACCUUCUCUUGAUGGUGUAUUCUCGGUUUGUGUGGAACAAUAAUUAUAAUUGUAGUUUGGGUGUCCAUGCUCGGGCAGUUGGUAAUUAGCUGGUGUUCUUCAUCUCUGGGUCAGCAUGGGGCUGGCUUAAGAUGAUUGUGGUGGACCACUUUGGCCUUGCCAUUUCCAGCUUCUGGUUCGAUGUGAUAGUUCAUUACUAUCACUAAGUACUUUGUAAAAUCCAGCCCUUUGUUGAUGGAAUUUUCAGCUCAAACAUUUUGGGACUGCAGUGUUGUUGAGUCAUGCACACUCAAUCUCCCUCUUUGAACGGUAUACCUGUAGAUUUUAUUUUUGUGGAGGUAGCCAAUCUGUAAAUGGAGCUAGGCUAUGCCACAUUCUCGUACCCAGAGCCCGCCUUACACACAAUGAACAGAGCAUGACAAGGACGCAGUGUACGAGAAUGGGUUUGCCUCAACAGUCAACUGCAGAUCAAAAUUUAGCCUCUGAACGAGAACAAAAUGCCAAGUGUGUCAAUGUCAUGUUUAUGUGCAUAUUCUGGGUAUUUCAGUCUUAUAUUUAAUACAGUGGAAUAUAGAAGUGCAUUCUGAGAGUUCUUGCGGUUAUUCCAGUUAGUCAGUAACUCCUGGUUUAGAUAACAAGCUCCAAAUGAUUUUUGGAGUUGGCAACACAGCAAGUAACUUCAACCUUACAUGUAUGUACUGUACCUAGCGGCUAUAUAGGCUGACUCGCCUCGCUAUACACAUAUUUUUGGAGUUAGGCAGUAACUCAAGGCUUAGAUACCUUGUUUUUUCAUGACUUUUGGAGUUAUACGUAGCUCCAAAUGAUUAUUGGAGUUAGCCGGUAACUCCAGGCUUUGAUGCCUAGCUCCUACAGGUAAAUUAUUUUUGCAGUUGUAUACUUAUAUAGCUCAAAAUCAUUUUUGGAGUUAGCCAGUAACUCCAGAAUUCAUAUUUCAACUCUUGAAUUACACAAGUUACUCAAGUGUAUAUUUUGGUUUGGAGUUAGCCCUUUAGAGCUUGGAGGUAGCGUCACUCCAUAACUUCCUACUUUCUACAGGCAUGUUGAACGGUACAGUACAUGUGUACCCUUGUGAUCCUCAUAUCCCUUCUUCUGUUUCCUCUGUACCUCCGGUUUAUGUUUUCUUUCACUACGCCUUGAAUGUUAUUCAAAGUCUUUUCUAACUUGUUACAGUUAAGUUUGAGAUAAACUGUUCCUUUUGCUUCUACUUGAGUAGCCGUCAGCAGUAACGGUGUGUUGGCUUCAUGACUGUAAACUGCUCUGAAGGGUGAAACGCCCGAUGAUGACUGUACAAUAUUACGGUACACGAACAAGGCCAAAGGUAAAUGAACAUCCCAAUCACUACGAUCUUUGUUCACAUAGGCUGUCAGGAUUUCCUUCAAGGUGCGAUUUAGCCUUUCCAGAUACGGAGAAGUUCGCAACUUCUUCACCCCAAGAAGAUGGAACACCUGCCUCAUCAGAUCUGCCUCGAAAUUUCUUCCUUGAUCAGUCAGGAGUUUACUUGGGAGCCUGUAUCAGGUUAUGACCUCAUCUACAAAGGCCUUUGCUACAGUGUUGCCUCUUUGAUUUGCCAUAGGAACUGCCUCUUAGUGAAAUGUUCAGACAUUACCAUGAUUUCCACGUGCGGUCAUGGGCAAUGGGUCUAAUAUGUCCAACGUCCAAUAGCUCCAUUGGUAGCCCAACUUCUAUACUCUUCAUGGCUGCUUUUUUGGACAAGACUGAUGUCUUACAGUGGUUGCACAUUUCACAGUCCGCUAUCCACCAUUGCACUUCUGACGCUAUUCCAGGCCAAUAAUAUCGUUGUUGUAAACGCUCUAAGCAACGGUUAAUUAAUACCCAUAUUCACUGAACUUUUUUUAUUUUUAUUUUUAUUUUUUUUUAUUAUAACUUUACAAUCAAAUGACUGAUGGUAAGGACAACAGGACGCGAGUCCCUAAUCAAGUCCCACCAAAAACAUAAUUACGUAUUGGUAUCACAAGAAUACAUAUUAUAUACAGUACAUAAACAUUAGGAUUUAGGACAUAUAACAAUUAUAAUUACAUCUAUGAACAACAGUUUGUUUGUGAAGAACGACAUUCACUGCACACAGUUUUACAUGCUCUAGGACGCGACGAUCUUACAUCAAAAGUACUGUUCAGCUUGUUAGUGUAAAAUAUAUACAGUUUAGAUUUAAGUAUGGCGAUUGACGAAGAUGAUUUGAUAUCUGACGGUAAAUUGUUCCAUAAAAAUACAAUUCUUCUAAAGUAUACAGUAGGUUUCGGAAGAGAGAGGUUUUGCACAUGUUUGGACGAAGAUCACCAGAACCGGAACGAGUGGAGUGGUGAAUAGACUGGGUAAUAUACUGAUUGAUGUCAAGUUCGUACAUCCCGGAUUUUCAUUUGUAGAGGAAUAUGUCUUUAAUUUCGUGCCAAUAUGAAAGGGGGGUUAGAUUCAGUUUUUUCAAGCGACCAACGUACGACAAUUCAUAGUCCUGAAGAAUAAACUUUGUUGCUCGACGUUGAAUUCCUUAGAGAUGAUGCAGAUCAGCAGACGGACCUUGAGGACCCCAGAUUUCGCUACCGAACAACAAGUGAGGUCAUCGACUUUGAAAAGUUGGGACGCAUCCUCCGGGGAACGACCAAUACCAACCGUUCUGUUGGAGUGCCUUCAUCCACACAAUGGUAUAAGGAUACCAUUUAUGAUCUCCAAUUGUGACCACAACUGUUUGCAACGACGCCGCUCUCCAUUCACGUUCCACUCUUUGUCAUCUUUUGGUCAAACUUUGGUGGUCCGUUAAAAUAGCGAAGGCUUUACCAAUUACCAAGCAAAUAUGGUAAACAAUGGUUACUGUCCAUACAGUGGCUAAACACUCCGUCGUUGAGUAGUUCCUUUCUGCAGCCGUCUGCAGUGUCCGACUGGCAUACGCGAUCACAUAUUCAUGCUUCCCUCGUGGCCUCGUCGUCGGGACUAAACCGUGCCAAGUCCAGAAUCGUUAGAGUUUGUGUAAAUAGAAUAUCGUCGAUACGUGACGUGGGCUGAACGUCCUUCUUUGUUGCUGAAUUAACCCGCCAAAUACAAAACGAAAGUCAAUACAAAACCGGUAAUCACCGUCUUUCUUUGGAGCUUGAACGAUUGGUGAGGGCCAAGGACUGCUUCUUGGCCGGCGAAUAGGACCCCUCUUCAACAUAUCAUUUACCUGUUUGUUCACCACCUUGUUGAGAUGAAUCGGAAUCCUAUAAGGCUUUUGCUUCACAGGAUGACUGUCACUGAUAUCAAUCGAGUGUUCUGCUUGUGUUCACGAUUCAACCUAAAGGGUCGUUCUGUCUGUUUACAAAAAUAUCCGAAUACGUUUCUAGCAGGACACUCAGCUUGUUGACGGUGAGGGGCGGAGGUCUCUAUUAUCAACUUGACAUCUCCCAUAGGCCAGGAGCGUUUUGCUUUCGCUAUGUCCACAAUCAUUCUCCCUGGUUUUAAGAAAUCAGCACCCAAAACACCCGUGUUCCUCAUCCACCAAUCCAUCGUGCCUUCAAAGAGCAAGGCUUUAAAGGGCCAGCAAUCAAUUCCCGACUGACUAACGACACCGUUGCGCCUGUGUCCACUGAACAUUCCCGCUCAUGCUCACCCACCCUUGCCUUGAUGAAGACUGGCUUCAUACAGUUUAUGGGCAAGGCCGUAUCAUCAUGGACAGAUCCCAGCGUAGUAACGUGUCGGUACUCAAUCUCUUCCCUGACGCGGUCGGGCAUUAAUGGGAGAAUGGAAGCGAAGUUGGCAUUCCCGUGCAAAAUGAAUCUUGUCCCCACAAGCAGUGGAAUUGGGGCAUCAAUAAAGUGUGCAAGCACAUUGUGUCCUAUUUGUUAUUUUAUUUUGUCUAUUGUCAGAUGUGGCCAUUCAUGAAUUGAUUAUACAAUAAUUGUAAUCCAUGGUCAAUUUUAUUAAUAACUCCACAUUACCCUUUAGAAAUCAGUAAAUCUUUAGGUAAUCCCUCAGAAACAAAAUGUAAAACUUUCAAUUGUGUGCCUGCCUGGUAUGGGACUGAUGAUUGCAUGCUUGUAUACGAGGUGGGAUCUUUGCACUGAAUUAUGCUUGCAACACCAUGCAGGGAUAUUAUUCCCAGCUGUGGCUUCCCUGGGAUUUAAAUGUUUUAGGACGGUUUUGAUUUGGCCAUUGGAUGGUAGAGGUGGGGGGCUAUCCUUAAGCAGGUGUUCUACUGCUUGAAGUCUUGGAGAAUCUGAUUGAAUUUCUAGCCAAGGUUUAGUAAAACGUUUUUAAUAAAACUUUUUUAAUAAAACGUUUUUAAUAAAACUUUUUUAAUAAAACUUUUUUAAUAAAACUUUUUUAAUAAAACUGUCAGCGAUUGCCGUUAAGUCGGCAUGGUCAGGCGAGGACAUAGGUCGAUAAAUAUCGAUUUAUACCAUUGUGUAUAAAUUGAUUUAUACGCGUAAAUCCAUUUAUACCAUUUGGCGGGAUUUGAUUUGUGGCUCCCUCAGCCUUGGAUUUAUAAUACGUAACUUUCGCGUUGGAUAUCAACUUAGUGACUUUAGCAUGUAAACUUUCGUACUUCGAUGUCUUCCCUUUCGUAAAUGCUUUCUGUCUUGCUUUAACCAGCGCCUUGAUGUUAGGGGUCAACCACAGCUUGUCCUAUACAACGUGCGCGAACUGUUCUCACGGGUAUGGUUUCAUCAAACAUAUUGGUGAUGAUGGAGUUAAAGACAGAGACCUUAUCGUCGAUCCACAUCAGAGUACACUUUCUCCCAGUUUUCGGGAUUAAUUUUUAGACUCAGCGCAUACUACAACGAUAUAGAACUGUAAGGUCUCGGUGUUCUGGGUGGCUUUAGUAGUAACCGGAGCGUUUCUUUUCCUUCCUCUUCUAAUUUGGGAAGGUGUUUAGCAAGUAAGUCAGAUUUCACGUAUGCCAGGAUACCGCCACCAGACGUUGGUCUGUCGAGUCGAUAUGAGUUGUAAGUGUUUCCUAUGCGAAUAAUAGAAUCCGCAAUGUCAGACGAUAACCAGGAUUCAGUGACCAAAACUACAGAGGGGUUGUUAAUCGCAGCCACUGCCGACAACUCCUUGUUCGUUGUGUGGCAGAUACAGUAUUUGUAACCAAAAGGGAUGGAACAACGCAGUUUCCCGUCGGAGAUUUUUAUGCUUACCAGAAAUAACAGGGACGUUUACCAAGUUGCAUGCAUAGGUUUCUUGUUGGCUUGCGUUUUUUAGGGUGGUAUGAUGUUGUAACAUGUAUUUAAUGGCGUUUAAUACUGUAUUUCUCUUUCUUAUUUUAUUUUUAGUAUCUCAAAAUAUUGGACAGACCUCUACUAAGUUAUACAAUAGAAGCAUUUGAACGGUUAGUGUACCGGCCUUCGUGAUUUAUAUACUGUACUAGGGAUAUAGACGCCACAGUACAUAUGAGCAUCCAAACUAUAUCUGAUUUAAAAAGCGAGCCCUAGUAAAUCAGAUACAGAUCAAAUGUGAUUAUAUCACUUAAAAUAAGAAUACAUCCAAGUAUAAUAAGUUUGCCAACUAUUUUGGCAAUAUAAAGUUUGUCUAAAUCAGGACGAAAUCUUUAUCCGAUUUACAGAUAUUGAUUAUUGAUCAUUUUAAAAAAUCACUAUCCACGGGUGGACACCACUAUUCGGUCUUAUACAGGGAGCAAUUUACUGUAUGCUAUACACGAAGCCGCCAUGCAAAAUUUGCAGCAGAGCACUUAGUUUGCAAGAAGGAUUUUAGUAGGUUUACACAACUGAUUUAACGUACGUAUUAAAAUAUUCACAAAAAUUAAAUAAAAACCUGGUAGAAACGUUGGAUCAUUUCUGACUUGCCAUAAUAACAACUGUACUUUUGAUCAGAACAUUUUAAUUUAUAGUAUAGUAAUACUGUAAUAAUUGUAUUGUUCCCAAUUGGUUUGGUUUAGUGUUCCGUGGAUAGAAACCAUCGUUGUUGUUGGCCCUGUCACUGAACGUCGAAAACAAAUUUUGGAAAACGUAGGUACAGAAAUUGAGUAUGAAGGGUGUAUGAAUGAUGUAUUAUAUAUGGUAUAUGGUUAUGAUGCGUGAUGUAUGGUGUGCGGUCAUGGUGUGUGAUGUAUGGUGUGGUGUAUGGUGUAUGGUGAAUGGCGUAUUGUGUGUGAUGUAUGGUGUGUGGUGAAUGGUUUAUGGCCUAUUGCGUAUGGUGUAUAGCGUUUGGUGUAUAGUGCACUGUACUGAGUAUAAGAGAUCCUGAAUUGAUUUACUUUCGUAUAGAUUGUUUUGGAUUGCAACCAUAAGAAAGUAGUUACAGCAUGUGGGGAAUCUACAAGGUAUCAAGUUCUUUGUUUUUUUUUGUUGUUUUUUUUCUACAAGGUAUCAUUGUAUCUAAUCAAUGUAUUUUAUACAUUAUGUACUAUUCCACCUAUCGAUGCAACCAUGCAUUCGCUCAAGUACUGUUGGUCAGGUUGUUCGAUAUUGAAAUACGGUCAAUGUUGAUCAGUUCUAUAUUGGAAUAUGGUCAACGGUGAUCAGUUAUAUUGGAUACGGCCAAUGAUGGUCAGGCCUAUUGACAAACUGUCAAUGGCGGUCAUCCGUCAGAUAUAUUGAAAUACGGUUGAAAUUAGUCAGAUCUAUUGAAAUACGGUCAAUGUUGUAACUGGUAAAUUGGAAUACGGUCAACGUUCUGUUUAUUGUAGGUAUCUGCAAUGGACCCCACGUUUGAGAUCCGGUCAUGCAACUAAAAUGUUUUCAUUUUAGUUGUUUAAACUUUUUCAAGCUUACUAUAAGUUAUGUUCCUAUGUACAGUACCUGCAUGUUUUGCCAUUAUCCAACUCGUUAUAGAGUCGUAAUGUUUUACUUGUUUAUUUUCUUUAGACAUGGAUCAAUUUAUAACGGAGUUCGUUACUUGAACACAAUUGAACAAAAGCCUGAUAUAGUAAGUUCACAGCCUUCACAAUACUGUACAUUACAUAAUUAAACUGGUUUCCUGAUAAAUGCAUCAAUACAUCACUGCUGCUGUAAUUAAACACUAGAAGGAAUUUAAUUAAGUACACACUGUUUCACUGUUUGUACAUGACAAUGUAUGUUUCCCUGCUUGUGUGAGGUUCUUAAAAACUUACUGUUUUGAAAGAGAAAAAGAAUAUCAUGUGAAUAUUUUAUUUCUAAAGGGCUGAAGUUAAUGACAUGUAAUUUUUGUUAUUAAUCGACUCAAAGAAAAAACACAUUCUCCUUGGUGUUGCACUCAUGACCACUAUGGGGUAUUUUCAGCGUAUAUUUCCAACGUGAUUACGUUUAAAAUAGUUAUACCUAUUGUAUUUUCAUUGUAGAUUAUAAUACAUGAUGCUGUUCGACCAUUUAUUGAAGAACGUUUAUUGAAGGAAAUUGUAGUUGCUGCACAAAGACAUGGUGUAAGUAUACUAAGUACAGGAGGUAUGGAGGUGUUUGUACUGUUAAUCAGUGUCGAUCCUGUGAUCCACCGAUAUGUCAUUGGCGGGGAGAAGGGGGAUUUUGAAAAACAAAAUUCCUGGCUUCUUUAACAUGUAGUUAGGUCUUGGGCCCUUUAACGUAACAUAAAGGGUAAUUGCCUUGAGGUGGUACCAAAAUUAUUUAUAUUAUCUUGAAGGCCCUUCUUCCAGGUUGGGGCCCCGUGGAAAUGACUCUAUUAAAUAUAGCACUGCUAUAAGGGUCCCAGACCCAAGGAAAAACUUCAACCUACUUUCACGAAAUUCCGCAUGCUUUCAUGAUGAAGUUAAGGAUUUUUAUUGCUCAACAAAAAUUGGGCCUCUUUGCGACUUUCAUUGGGCCCCCUACACCACUCCCUCCCGCACCCAGCACGGCCCUGCUGUUAACAUAUAGAGUAGUAAUGUGUUAAUCUGGUUAACACAUAACAAACGUGGUCCAGAACUACCUGUAUACAGUGGUGCCUAAAUUACUUUGAAUUUGUACUCGAGUAAAAGUAAAAAUUAACAAUAAAACGACUUGAGUAAGAGUAAAAAGUACUGGAGGCAAAACGUACUAAGUAAAAAGUACAAAAUAUCCUUAAAAAAUACUUGAAGUACAAAGUAAAAGUAGAAGUACUAUUGUCUAUAGCAUGUAGGGGGGGGGGGAUUUCCCCAAUGGAUUGGCAUACAAAAGACACAAAACAGCACACGCAUUAUAUGCGUGCACCAUAAUAUACAAUAUUUCACGGCAUGGCCUACUUUCCAGACCCAUAUAAGAAAUCCAUUAAAUAAAUAAUGCUUAUAAGUAAGCCACAAAUGAGAGAUCCCAGACGCAUGUAGAGGUCCUAUUACCUAUCCCAAAAUUAAAAUAAAUCAGGAAUAAAUCACGUAAAAUUAAACAAAUGUGAGAAAGCAACGAAAUACUUCGCCACAAAAUGAAAAUAACGAAGUAAAACGUUACUUCUUAAAACGACUUCGUUCCAAAUAAAAGUACUCCACAAAAAGUUUACUUUGUUACAUGCUAACUUCUCAAAAAUAGUACAUUUACUUCGUUACUUGACACCACUGCCUGUAUAUAUAUACUGCCUGUAGUUGUAGUUUCUUUCAAUUUUCAAUACAGAAGUUUGUGUAUCAUCGAUCAGCUUUUGACAUGGCCGGAUUUUGAGGGGAGGUGAGGGGUGGUACCUCUCCUCAGAUUUUUUGCACCUCCCCUGAAAAGUUAUGCACCUCCCUUUGGGAAAUGUUAAAUGAUAGAACAAAGUGAAAAUUUGACAGAUGUGUUGCUUAUAUAAGGUCUACAUUUUGCAAGAAAGUUUUUUUCUGUAAAAUUGAAACAGUGAUAGCCAUUCAUCUCUGAAUGAAGUACCCUUUGGUGCAUUGUUUCGAAAGAAGGGCAACAUUGGAUGAGUCGUGCAGUCAUAACGAUACAUGUGUACAGUGUAUGCAUAACGUCACGCACAGUACUUGAAUUGAGGGGAGUGCGUUCUAGGCCUUUUAAUAUUUCAUGGAUAGACCUGCACCUGCCCUAAAUGUCUUCUACCUCCCCUAAAUGUCUUCUACCUCCCCCCACCACUUCCACCAAGAUCCGGCCUUGGCCUUUGGGAAUGUUGAAUUCAGUUUUUAACAACGUAUACAGGACUGCGCUCAGACUAUCAUGAUGACGUUAAUACUGCAUAUAACUGCAGUGUGUGUCAUUUACGAAAAUCCACAAUUUGUACAACAAAUUUAUAAUGUGUAACUUUAUUAAGUUAUAUACUUAAUUUGUUAUUGAAUUUAUGUAUUUAGUCCUCUAUUAACCGUUUGCAUUUCAAAUAUUUUUAGGCCUGUGGUGUUGUAAGACCAUUAGUAUCAACUGUAUUAGCUAGAAACACAAGUGGAUUUCUUGACCACUCAUUGGACAGGUAUAACCACAGCAUAUGCUGGUGCAUUGUACUCAUCCAUCACUUUGGUCGAAUAAAAAGGAGAUCAUUGAGGACUAAAUUAAGCCCCGUGCUUGCUCGCGUGUACGACGUGUGUUUUUUUUUGACAAGUUUUACAAGCCCGCGCUAUUUAUGUACGUAAACAAUCCCAUGUUAAAUUUCGCUCAAAGUUGCUUCCAACAAAACUUAAAAUAAAUUGAAUCUGUCUACGAUAUCACACUUCAAAAGCCAAUUGCAAAAUAGCCGAGAUUUAAUGGCAAUGUCCACUCGAAGAUGAAUGCGCAGUGACAUACUGCGCAAUUACUUGUCAAGUUUCCUUGACGUCUGUACACACGAACUUCUUCGAACUUCCUUGUCCAGAAACUGGCAUAACCAGCUGGCAAGACCAGCUUUUGAACAAAACUCUUUGUCAACAAAAAAUAUUGAAUACAUAGAAAGUAACAGUAUUUCUAGAAAUAUUUAUACCGAGUACGAGUACAGUACCAGUCCGCUGCCCUGAUACAGGGAAGGAAAUGACAUAAUUUAACAUUGUAUAUUACAUGUAAUUGUAAUGUGUAUUUAGGUCAAAGUUCGUCGCCAGUGAAAUGCCUCAAGCUUUUCAGUAUGAUGUUAUUCUCAAUGCAUAUCGAAAGGUAAACACUAAGAUACACAGUAAUAUAAAAACCAGAGAUUACAUGACUGCAAUAUACAAUAUAUAGAUUUCCUGCUCACUCUAUUCUUUUCCUUAACUCAUUUUUAACACUAAGUUUAGUGCAGUAAAACAUCAAACCAAAUCAGGAAUCAUUUCGAUUUUUUCGACAUCAGAGUUAAACUCUGUCUGAUGUCUCUCAAUAUAUCUCAUUAUUCUUCCGAAUACGUUUCUUUUUACAUUUUUAUAGAAUGUUCAUCCCUUUAUUAUAUUUAUUUUCCCCACUUUUACAUUGUAUUUUCCCAGGAACGUUAUUAGUGAUAGUGGUUGUAAACGCAAGAUUGUAAUUUCCAUGUCUAUAUGUAUACUUGUGUCAUUUUAGUGCACACAAGAUGAUUUUGAUUUUGGUACUGAGUGUUUACAUCUUGCGUUCAAAUACAGCAGUGUUCGAGCAUUUUUAAUUGAUGGACCAGAUUACCUUUGGAAG